AUGCACCAAUCUAUUCACAGCAGGAUCCUCAGAGUGUUAUCUCUGCUAAAUGCAGUGGAGAUUCGCUGGAGGAUGUGUGGUAUAGGGUUAUUGUGGCAGUGGGUUAUUGACUCGCGGCGCCUGGCCUGGUCGGGGGCUGCUUCCUUAACGGCCGUCGGGUUAAGCUGGUUUAGUCUACGUCCUCGUCACGGAUCAACUGUCGACAUGGCACUAUCUUCCUCAGAUUGUCUUUAA